AUGGCCUAUCAGGCUUGGAAUCCCCCUCCGCCCUCAAUGGAUGUAGAAACUGCUCAUACGUCUUCUUUACAAAGUCUAGACGAGAAGAGGACCUCCCUCUCGUCUGGGCAGCCAGUAUUGAAGCUAGCACCGCCCGCCCCACAGGUCGACGGAGGCAAGCGGGCGUGGUGCACGCUUGUUGGGGGUAUCCUAAUCACGACAGUCACAUUUGGAUACUCGAACUCCUUCGGCGUUUAUCAAGACAUCUACACCAGGUCGCAUGCGGCGUCAGCAUCCAGCGUGAGCUGGAUUGGGUCCACCCAGCUGUUCUUCCUUUUCGCUGUGGGACUUCCUGCCGGGAAGCUCAUGGACAUGGGUUAUAUGCGGUAUACCAACAUCAUUGGAACAAUAAUCUACGUCUUCUCGUUAUUCAUGGUGUCGCUUGCGCACACGGAUACAUAUUAUCAGGUGUACCUUGCGCAAGGACUUGGGCUGGGAAUCGGUGCGGGGAUUCUAUAUAUCCCUGCCUUGGGCGUACAAGCCCACCACUGGAAACGCCAUAGGGGCUUCGCGAUGGGCGUUGUUGUUACAGGGUCGUCUAUGGGAGGCAUCUUCUUCCCGAUAAUGUUGAACCAACUGUUCAAAAGCUCAAAGGUUGGCUUUGAAUGGGGGGUUCGUGCGAGUGCCUUCCUCGUGCUGGGGAUCCUGGUGAUAGCAAACCUGCUGAUAAGCGAUAACCCUUCGGCCAAAGAUGACUCCGAAAAGCCAUCGCUGAAGAAUAUACUUACGGAUGUCCCAUAUUUGUUGGCGUCUUUUGGUCUUUUCGCCAUCUCUUUGGGGAUCUUCUUCCCAUACUUCUACCUUCAGCUGUAUGCAAUCUUGCAUGGAGUAGACCCCAAUAUAGCGUUCUAUACGUUGGCUAUCAUGAACGGCGCGGCGCUCCCAGGGAGAAUUUUCCCCGGACUCCUUGCGGAUCGUUUCGGGCCUUUCACUGUUAUCGUGCCAGUAACAUUACUCAACGUCGUCUUUAUGUUUGCGUUAUUCGGGGACAAUUCAGUGGGCAGCACAAUUGCCUUCGCUAUACUGUACGGCAUAUCGUCCGGAGCAUUCUUGACACUCUGUGCGCCCUGCGCGACUACUCUCGCUCGUCAUCCAAAUGAAGUGGGCGUACGACUUGGCUUUGGAUUCUGUUUAUCGGGUUUCGCAGCUCUCAUUGGAGCACCGAUCGAUGGCGCACUGCUUGGGCACACGUUUCCUUGGGCGAGACCUAUCAUUUUCAGUGGGGUAUGCAUGUUCGUUGGCCUUGUCUCUCUAGCGACAGUGCGUCAAAUGCUUGUGAGACAAAGGGGAACCAACCAUGUUUGA